AUGUUCGUCUCAGCCUUCGUUUCCGCUCUCUCGCUGUUCGCAGUCGCUUCGGCCCAGUCCUCGGCUUCUACCACCUCAGCCGCCGCUUCAGCCUCCGCUUCAGUCGUCGCAAUCGCCGCCGCUGGCUCAAGCGGAUACAGCUACAUGGGAUGCUACAAUGAAACGACCGAAAUAGCAGGGACCUCUGGUGCUCGCGCUCUCUCUGGCGGCAAGAUGGAAACCGGCAAUGACACCACUGUUGCUGCAUGCUUGCAGUACUGCGGCGAAUCAAAUUACCAAUACGCUGGUUUGGAAUAUUCAAAGGAGUGCUGGUGUGCCAACUACCUUUCUGCUUUGUCGGCGCAGCUGCCAGAGUCAAACUGCUCGCUUGCGUGCGUGGGCAAUGACACUGAGCUGUGCGGUGGCUACCUCACGAUCAACCUCUACAACCUCACCAGCAAGAAGUCUAGCUCUUCUGGUUCGUCGUCCAAGGGUGCUGCAGCUUCGGUCGCUGCCUCGAGCUGGACUAACGUGUUGGGUGCAGGUGUCAUGGCUUUGACACUCGGUGCUGCUUUGUAA